GGAAACACCAUCAUGAAUAUUACAAUCAAACAACAAAGAAUGGCCAAAAUUUACCCUAAUCAAGAACCUACAACAACAUCUCAGUCUCAUGAUGAUCAGUGUGUCAGUAAUAAAAGAGAGAGAUAUACUUUGUGGAUGAAAUCACUUGUUCUUCACUCAAAUGGUUGCACUGUCUACGAUUCAAAUGGUAACAUUGUUUAUAGAGUUGAUAACUAUGAUACAAAGGGCGGAAGAGAAGUUAUUCUCAUGAACCUAAAAGGUAAUAUUAUCUGCACCAUCAAAAAGAGAUUACUAGCUUUUGGAUGUUGGGAAGGACACAAAUAUUGCAGCAGCAGUUCUAAUAGUAGAAGCCAAGAGGAGCAACCAUGGUUUCGAGUUAAAAGAUGUCUUACAGGGAAAACAGCUUGCGAGAUUAAAGUUGGAUCCCAAAAUUUGAGCAUAGAAAGAAUGAGUAUUGGCAAAUCAUUUAGUUUUCGGAUAGUAAACAAAAACGGAGAAAUCGUAGCAGAGGCAAAGCAAAAACAGUCUUCAUCAGGGAUUGUUCUGAGUAAUGAUGUUCUAACUUUGGAUUUGGCAGCUGGUACAGAUCAUUCUCUUAUAAUGGCUUUGAUUACAGUAUACGGACUGAUAUGCGGAAAAAUGUAGAUAUUUAUUUCAUAUAUGACAGAUCUUAUACACAAAUCAAUUCAAAUGUAAACAUUCUUAAUUUCUUUUUUGACAAUUUAUUAAUUAGGAUAUUUUUCAGAAGUUUUGUAAUUAGUGUCUGUAUAAAAAAAAUCAUGAGCAUGGUCGUGAUUCUUCUUUUUUUUGGCUAGAGCAUAAUCAUCAGGAUCUUCGUGAUAUGUAUGACAUCAUGUACUAUAUUCUCUUAUAAUAAUAAAUGUGAU